AUGACUCUUCUACUUCUGUGGCUCCUGUUGCUCCACUUCUCCAUCUUCAAUGUAACCUUGGAAUCGCAGUGCACUCUGCAGAAUAAUUUUGAGCCAGGAUUCAUGGCUGGUGGAGACUUUGUCAUUGGUGGCAUUUUCCCCUUGCAUUACAAUCAGGAAAUGCCAGAUCUGAACUGCACAUACAAACCAGGACCAGUGCGGUGUAAUGGGUUUGAUCCCAGAGCUUUCCGCUGGGCUCUGACUAUGAAGCUUGCUGUGGAAGAAAUUAACAACAGUACUGAGCUGUUACCUAACCACACUCUAGGUUAUAAAAUAUUUGAUUCCUGUGCAUAUCCUUUAACUGGUCAGAGAGCAGCUCUGGCUGUUAUGAAUGGACCAGUGGAAGCAGAUAGACCCAUGUGUUCAAGUGCUAGCCCGAUGCUGGCCAUCAUUGGUGAAUCUGGAUCUGCUCAAUCUAUUGUGGUGUCUAGAAUUUUACGACCUUUCAGGAUUCCAAUGAUCAGCUACUUCUCAUCCUGUGCCUGUCUCAGUGACAGGCGAGAAUUCCCCACCUUCUUUAGGGUCAUCCCUAGUGAUGCGUACCAGGUGAAAGCCAUUGCCAAGCUACUGAUACAUUUCAACUGGACAUGGGUGGGUGUGGUUAGGGGUGACCAUGCUUAUGGGCGCUCUGCUCUGCAGGGUCUACUUAAGGAGCUGGAGGAUACAAGUGUAUGUGUGUCUUAUCAGGAGAUGAUCCCCCUGCUGUAUGACAGCCAGAGAGCAAUAGAGAUCAUCCGUGUGAUGAACAGCUCCAGUGCUCGUGUGGUGGUGGUGUUUUCAGCUGAGGGGGAGCUCACACCUUUUCUGAAAGACUAUAUGAAACUGAAUGUUACUGGAAUUCAGUGGAUUGCCAGUGAGGCCUGGGUAACAGCUUCAGUGUUCACAGGAAGUGAGUACUACCCAUUUCUGGGAGGCACGAUCGGGUUUGGUAUACGGCAGGGCUAUAUUCCAAAGCUGAAAGAUUAUAUAACAACAGUAAAUCCACAGACAUACUCCUCCAACACUUUGGUGCAGGAACUGUGGGGUGCUCUGUAUGGGUGCUCUCCCUUUUCCUCCUUUACCCAUAGUGCUCAGCUGCCCCUCUGCACUGGACAGGAGAUACUCAAUAAGCAACACUCUGCCUACAUGAACACAUCUAGUCCUCGCAUUGCUUAUAAUGUAUACAAAGGCGUGUAUGCUAUUGCUCACUCCCUCCAUAAUCUAAUUUCCUGCAAACCUGGAAAUGGUCCAUUUAAUAACUCCAUGUGCGCUGACAGCACUAAAGUCUAUCCAUGGCAGCUCCAGCAUUACCUACAAGAAGUCUCGUUUACUAUCUCUGGUGAGAUGGUCAACUUUGAUAUGAAUGGUGACUCAAUCCCAUCCUACGACCUGAUCAACUGGCAGAAGGGCACAGCUGGCAAUAUUGAGCUAGUUAAAGUGGGCAUGUAUGAUGGAGCUCAAGAGGCUGGGAGUGAGCUGAUCAUUUAUGACACAGCUAUCACAUGGGCCAGAGACAAAAGUGAGGUGCCAGUCUCUGUUUGCAGUGACAGCUGCCCUCCGGGAUCUAGGAAAGCUGUCCGUCAAGGGGAGCCUUUGUGCUGCUUUGACUGUGUACCAUGUGACAGUGGCAAGAUUAGUAAUCAGACAGAUUCAGUAGACUGCAUGGUCUGUCCUGAAGGUUAUUGGUCCAACGAUGAUGGAACAGCAUGUAUUCCCAAGGUCAUUGAGUUCCUUUCCCAUGAUGCAAUGGGGUUAACAUUGACAGCUAUUGCUGUUGUUGGGGCCUGUGUGACCUUAGCUGUAUUUACAGUCUUUCUCUACCACAGAAAUACUCCUAUUGUACGUAUGAAUAACUCAGAGCUGAGUUUCUUCAUCCUGCUCUCCUUGACCCUGUGUUUCCUGUGUGCACUGAUCUUUAUUGGGGAGCCCACAUCCUGGUCAUGCAUGCUGCGUCACACUGCUUUCAGCAUCACCUUUUCCCUCUGCAUCUCUUGCAUCCUGGGUAAAACCUUAGUGGUUCUUGCUGCUUUCACAGCCACGCAGCCUGGAAACAAUGUGAUGAAAUGGCUUGGGCCUAUACAGCAGAGGAUCAUUAUCUUUAGCUGCACCCUAGUCCAGGUGAUCAUCUGUGCUGCAUGGCUCAUAUCCUCCCCUCCAUUCCCCAACAGAAACACACAGUACCAGCACUCUAAGAUCAUUCUAGACUGCAGUGUGGGAUCUGAGCUGGCCUUCUGGUGUGUACUAGGCUAUAUUGGCAUCCUGGCCUGUUUGUGUUUCAUUUUGGCCUUUCUGGCUCGUAAAUUGCCUGGAAAUUUUAACGAGGCUAAAUUUAUUACUUUUAGCAUGUUAAUAUUUUGUGCGGUGUGGCUGGCAUUCAUACCUGCCUAUGUAAGUUCACCUGGUAAAUUCACUACUGCAGUUGAAAUAUUUGCUAUUUUAGCUUCGAGCUUUGGCCUCCUUUUGUGCUUAUUUGCACCAAAGUGCUACAUUAUUCUGCUCAAACCAGAAAAGAAUACCAAACAACAUCUAAUGGGAAAAUAA